AUGGCAUCGGCCAGCCGCCCGCACUACACGGGUGUAGCCCAUACUGCUGGCAUCUACGCGGACCUCUCCGUCGACGGCCCCGUCAUUGGCACUCUCGUUGCCGUCGUCGACCGCGCGAAGAACCUGCCUAAUCGCAAAACGAUUGGCAAGCAGGAUCCCUACUGUGCUGCUCGACUUGGCAAGGAGGCCAAGAAGACGACGACUGACAUUCGCGGCGGUCAGACUCCCAAGUGGGACCAAGAACUUCGAUUUGCCGUCCACGACUCUCCCGACUACUACCAGCUUAAAAUCUCCAUCUUCACCGACGAUAAGAGGACCGACCUUGUCGGCGAGGCCUGGAUCGACCUCAAGACUAUCAUUAUCCCCGGCGGUGGCCAAGCAGACGUAUGGCAGAGCCUGUCCUGCAAGGGCAAAUAUGCUGGCGAGAUUCGUCUAGAAAUCACCUUCUACGACUCACGACCCAAGCCUGACAAGCCCGUCAAGGCCAUGCAGCCGUCAGUCGCGGACCUCGACUCGGUCCGCCAGCGGUCCUCCCCUGUCAAGAGACGCCCUCUGCCCUCCGAUCCCGUCACCGGCGAAGCUGCGCCUGCACCUGUACCCGUUUCUGUCGCCACAAGCAUACCCUCGAACCCGGAGUACUAUGGCCACCAGCAAACGCCCCCGAGACAUGCCAAGCAGCCCUCCCACUCUGGCAUAAUUCCCAACCAGUCCCCCCUCCAGGCCAUGGAGUACAACAACACGCCUCAGGGUGCACGACACCUAUCGGGGGAUGGAUACGGCACGUCGCCUGGUGCCACUGCCGCUCUCGGCUACUCGACCACUCCCAGUCGUCAACCGCACCGCUCUAGAGACCAUUACGACACUCCUCCGCGACAAGUCGAUGGCACUGCCUACGAUUUCCAGGAUGCUCCAGCUCACUACAGUCAAUCUGACCGCCAUGAGCUGCACAUGGGAGACAGACACCUGCCUUCUCUCGAUGUGGCUCAACCCCCGCCGCCACCGCCAGCUCAUCGUUCGCGCCACAGCAGCAUAGGCCAAGAGUCGCCACAGGUAUCACCCACAAAGGCUGGUCCUUCAACACCCAUGAGGCGCGACGUCUUGAGGAGCGAGGCUCAACGCUACACAACCUCGACCUCGUCUGCUCGUCAGUCCUACUCGCAUCAUGACCUACCCCCAUCACCUCACAGCCCAGCAAGCCAUGGUUCCCCUCAUACUACCCGCUCAUUACAUGCCACGGUCGAGGAUGCGCCGGACUCCCCCACAGGACCGGGUACCUCCUCCUAUAGAAGCAGGCAUGAUAGCGAGCCCCUGACAGCACCAAUGGGCAGAAGCAGGCAUGACAGUGAGCCCCCAACAUCAUCCAUGACCUCCUCGUACCGAAGUAGGCAUGACAGUGAGCCUCCCGUACCCUUGAAUCCCUCUCACAGAGGCAUGCACGACGGCGAACCUUCGUUUGAGCGGGACCCUAGCCCGAACCCCUACCAGAGGCACUCGACCCAGCCGUCACCAGGCUAUCCCAACCAAGCUCCGCGCUACGUUUCUAGCCACGAGGACUAUGAUGAUCAAGACUACGAUCGUGGCUACCAGGGCUCACCAAUCGCCAUGCCAGGUCAUGGCUACGGUGGAAGCCCACACAGUACACCGCAGCACCACCACGUCAGGCAAAGCAGUGGACAACCCCUCCGUGCCCCUACGUAUGCUUUGCCCGCUCCUCCUGCGUCGCUUCAACACACCGUGGACCCUAGACUGGCUCGCGAGGUUUCAGAACGCAUUAAUGAGGAGAGGCAGUACGACAGCCGCCUCGCCAGUCAACACGGUUCGGCAGCUCGCGGUCGCCAGAGAAGCGAACCGCCUCCUAGUUAUGGGAUGCCAUCUCAAACCUACGUGCCGCCGACUCAUCAUGAUAGGCACCCAAGUUCUGUCACAUACUCAGGAGGCCCCCAAGACGUCCAGUCUGUCCAACUUCGAGGCCACCGCGGUAACAUGUCUGCGAGCCCUGCACACAGUAUUCCUAGAAAGUCUGUGAGCCCCGCGCCGCAGGCCCAUGAAGGAAAGCAUGCUUCAGAUGUUCCAUUUGGCCCCGAUUCUUAUGAUGCGCUCAACCCGAGCAUGGUAUCGUCUCGCUCUUCCAACUCUGCGCUCUCUGGGCAGGAUCACAAAGACCAUAAUGGAAAAAUCGUUAUGCAUGAUGGGCGCGAAGUUGACCCCUCUGAUCAUCUGCCUAUGGAAUCGUGGGCUCCCGAGCCCGAGCCUAAACUUGGGCGAAAUUCGGCUUCAGCUGACAACCUGCGUCGCUCGCCAGUCGGAGCCCAGCCCAUGCCGCCGACUGGACGCAGACAGAUGCGACUUUCGCGAGCCGAAACGGCGCCGAUAACAUCAUAUGGCCACGACGAGCCUCACACGCCGCCAGCACCUACCGGGGGCCGCACUCGCUUGCAGAAGAAGCCCCCACGCGGCGCAUCCGUGUCUCCGGGUGCGCCAAGUCCACUUGCUCCCAGCCACACGGAAAACCACCAGGAAAGGCAGAGCCCAUACGGCUCAUACGGCCGCCAGGGCCUUGCACACCGUGGCUCGUACGACUACCCGAGUGAGAACUAUUCACCACUGCAGUAUGGCAGUGGACCGCCAAUCCCGGCUAAGAUUCCGCUGAUGAGCGGUGCCAAUAACGGAUCAGAGCUGUCUCUGGCGGAAGAGAUGCAACGUAUCGAUAUUGGCAACGGCAGGUCGCGCCGCCGGGGUGGCUACUAA